AUGGAUACCUUUUCUCAUGUUCCCCCCGGGUUUCGGUUCCACCCGACGGAGGAAGAACUCGUGGAUUACUAUCUUAGGAAGAAGGUAGCAUCAAGAGGGAUCGAUCUUGAUAUCAUAAAGGACGUCGAUUUGUAUAAGAUCGAGCCAUGGGAUCUUCAAGAUAGAUGCAAGAUAGGAAGGGAGGAGCAAAAUGAGUGGUACUUCUUUAGCCACAAGGACAAGAAGUAUCCGACCGGGACACGGACCAAUCGAGCGACAGCGGCCGGAUUCUGGAAGGCCACCGGAAGGGACAAGCCGAUCUACUCCAAGAACAGCUUGAUCGGGAUGAGGAAGACGUUGGUGUUCUACAAGGGUCGAGCGCCCAACGGGCAGAAGUCGGAUUGGAUCAUGCACGAGUACCGUCUUGAAUCCAACGAGAGUGCACCGCUGCAGGCAAGUGACAGUACGACUUCGCGCUCAAACUACUCUUCUCCUUCCCCGAGCCAAAGCUUGUGA